AUGCAGGUAUACACAGACGACCACACGAUUGUAAAACUGGGAUUCAAAGCCGAUUCCGUCGGUUCCGACUAUAUUAACGCCAACUUCAUUAGUGGCUUUCACUCGGACGAGGAGUAUAUUGCAUGUCAGGCACCCCUACACUCCACUGUCAAUGACUUUUUCCGCAUGGUCAUCGAGCAUAACGUAAUGAUCGUGGUCACACUUACACAGUGUAUUGAAAAGGGCAGGUCAAAAUGCGAGAAGUAUUGGCCGAGUUAUGAUGACAUAGAAGACAACGAUAUGGUCAGACCGGGCGGUGCGGACAUCGAUAGCGGCACCGGUGGCCACAAAGAGAGCCCGCAGUUAACCUUCGGUGACAUAACCGUUGAAUUGGUGUCCGAACGCAUGGAAGGAGAGUUCAUUAUACGGGAGCUAAAGCUUAUAAAA